GCGGCCGCCGUGGGGGUCAUGCUGGUGCUGGUCCUGGUGGUGCUCAUCCCCGUGCUGGUCAGCUCGGUGGGAGGGGGCGAGGAGGGCGGCGGCAGGUUCGAGAUGCUGGGCACCUGCCGGAUGGUGUGCGACCCCUUCCCCACGGCCGAGGAGCCGGUCACCGCCGAGCGGCGGGCGGACGACCGCCCGGAUCCCAGCGUCGGACCGCCGCUGCCCACUUUCCCCUCCCGGGCCUCGCAGGGCAGACCCGGCCGCCCGGGGAAGCCGGGCCCCCCGGGGCCCCCCGGAGAGCCGGGGCCGCCGGGGCCCAAGGGACCCCCCGGGGACGCGGCGGACGUGGUCCGGACCGGGAUUCUGGGCUUAGGGGGUACGGGCUCGGUCAGCACGGCCACCUACAACACGGCGCCACGCGUGGCGUUCUACGCGGGGCUCCGGAACCCGCAGGAAGGCUACGACGUCCUGCGCUUUGACGACGUGGUGACCAACAUCGGGGGGAACUACGACGGCGCCACGGGCAAGUUCACGUGCAAAAUUCCCGGCACCUACUUCUUCAUUUACAACGUUCUGAUGAGGGGCGGGGACGGCACCAGCAUGUGGGCGGACCUGCUCAAGAACAGUCUGGUCAGGGCGAGCGCCAUCGCUCAGGACCAGGACCAGAGCUACGACUACGCCAGCAACAGCGUCAUCCUGCACUUGGACGCGGGCGACGAGGUCUACAUCAAACUGGACGGGGGCAAGGCGCACGGGGGCAACAGCAACAAGUACAGCACCUUCUCGGGCUUCAUCCUGUACGCCGACUGACGGGCGCCGGCGGCGGACUUUGGCUCGCAGAGAGGCGGGCCCGACGUCGCCCGGAAGCUGCGGGUCGGCGGUCUCGACUUGACGGUCGACGUUUUGAAUUCGUGUGUCGGGGGCGGGGAGA